AAGAGAGGUGAGGAUCUCUCUGGGCGAUGGAGCAUUGGUGUGAUACUUAUUGACGGUUGGUGUCAAGUUUGGGAUAAAUCAAGGUGUGUAAAAAUGCAUUUCGCCAAGCUCGAUGAUUCUCCUAUGUUCCGCAAGCAGAUGCAGGGCAUGGAGGACAGUGCCGAGUCAUUGAGGGAGAGAAGUCUAAGGUUCUACAAAGGAUGUCGAAAAUACACUGAAGGUCUUGGGGAAGCUUAUGAUGGCGACAUUGCUUUUGCUAGUGCCCUAGAAACAUUUGGUGGGGGGCAUAAUGAUCCAAUUAGUGUGGCUUUUGGAGGGCCUGUUAUGACCAAAUUUACUAUUGCAUUGAGAGAAAUUGGGACAUACAAGGAAGUUCUUCGGUCCCAGGUUGAGCAUAUGCUAAAUGACAGGUUGUUACAAUUUGUGAACUUUGAUUUGCAUGAGGUCAAGGAAGCGCGAAAACGUUUUGACAAGGCUAGUCUUCUUUAUGACCAGGCUCGCGAGAAGUUUCUCUCACUAAGAAAAGGAACAAGGAAUGAUGUAGCCACCAUGGUGGAGGAGGAGCUUCAUAAUGCAAGGUCUACAUUUGAGCAAGCUCGAUUUAGUCUUGUGACUGCUCUUUCUAAUGUUGAAGCAAAAAAGAGGUUUGAAUUCCUGGAAGCGGUCAGUGGGACAAUGGAUGCUCAUCUUCGUUAUUUCAAACAGGGUUAUGAGUUGUUGCAUCAAAUGGAACCCUAUAUUAAUCAGGUUUUGACCUAUGCUCAACAGUCCAGAGAAAGAUCCAACUAUGAACAGGCAGCUCUUAAUGAAAGGAUGCAAGAUUACAAAAGACAAGUUGAUAGAGAGAGUAGGUGGUCGUCCAAUGGUUCUAAUGUGUCUCCUAAUGGAGAUGGAAUACAAGCUAUUGGUAGAAGUUCACAUAAAAUGAUAGAGGCUGUUAUGCAAUCUGCUGCAAAGGGAAAGGUUCAAACCAUUAGGCAAGGUUAUCUCUCAAAGAGGUCGUCAAGCUUGAGGGGUGACUGGAAAAGAAGAUUUUUUGUUCUUGAUAGCCGAGGAAUGCUCUAUUACUAUCGGAAACAAAUCAGCAAAUCAUCUGGCUCUGGUAGUCAACAUUCUGGUCAGAGAAACAGUUCUGAGCUUGGUUCUGGACUGUUAAGUCGGUGGCUUUCUUCUCAUUAUCAUGGUGGAGUGCAUGAUGAGAAAUCUGUUGCUCAUCACACAGUGAAUCUGCUUACAUCUACAAUCAAAGUUGACGCUGACCAGUCAGACCUAAGAUUUUGUUUCAGGAUCAUUUCACCAACAAAGAACUAUACUUUGCAGGCAGAGAGUGCACUUGAUCAAAUGGAUUGGAUUGAAAAGAUAACGGGGGUUAUUGCUUCAUUACUGAGCUCGCAGGCUCCUGAGAGGUUUCUCCCUUCUAGUCCCAUGGGCAGUCAUCGUCGUUCGGCCAGUGAGAGUAGUUCAUUCGAGAGUUCUGAUUUUGAUCACACUGGAGUUGAAGAACUUGCAUCGGACAGGAGCCUGAAUAAUGCUGACCACCGCCAAUUAAGAAGUUCGCAGCAGCAACGAUCUUCUUUAAGAAGUGAGAAGACAAUUGACACUCUUCGAAGAGUUUGUGGGAAUGAUAAAUGCGCUGAUUGUGGUGCCCCUGAGCCAGAUUGGGCAUCAUUAAAUCUUGGUGUUCUUGUUUGCAUUGAAUGUUCUGGUGUUCAUCGCAAUCUUGGUGUUCAUAUCUCAAAGGUAAGGUCUUUAACACUGGAUGUCAAAGUAUGGGAGCCUUCUGUCAUUAAUUUGUUCCAGUCAUUGGGUAAUGCAUUUGCGAACUCUGUCUGGGAGGAACUUUUGCAAUCAAGAAGUUCUUUUCAGCUUGAUCUUAUAGCCACAGGGUCACACAAGUCUGAUAAAACGCAGCUAGUUUUUAUCACCAAACCCAAUCAGACUGAUUCAAUACCGGUGAAGGAGAAAUUCAUUCAUGCAAAGUACGCAGACAAGCUUUUCGUAAGGAGGCCGAAGGAUGCACAAUAUACACAUUUGGUGGCACAACAGAUUUGGGAGGGUGUUCGUGCUAAUGACAAGAAAGCUGUGUACCGUCACAUUGUUAAUUCUGAACCGGAUGUGAAUGCAGUGUAUGAGCAAGCCUCGUGUGCCUCUUCCUUAACCCUUGCAAAAGUAAUGCUGAUGCAAGAGCAGACUAUCCAUGAACAAAGCUCUAGCUGCUUAGCUGGGGAGUCACUGGAGAGGUCUUCUGGUAGCUCUUCGAACUUGAGUGGUACCAGUGAAGUCCACGCUAUGGAGGAUCUAGACGGCUGCACCCUUCUUCACCUUGCCUGUGAAACUGCAGACAUUAGUAUGCUUGAACUGCUCCUACAAUAUGGAGCAAAUGUAAAUGCGACUGAUUCUAGAGGCCAAACACCACUGGACCGAUGCAUUCUCAAGGGCAGAAACACAUUUGCAAAAUUGCUCCUUACCAGGGGAGCAGAUCCACGAGCACUAAAUGGGGAAGGUAAAACCCCUCUUGAGCUGGCAGUUGAGUCGAACUUUGAUGAUGGUGAGGUCCUUUCUAUAUUAUCAGACUGCCGUGGAUAAGAUAUCAAUUUACGAACCACCAAAAGGAAAACUACAUUGAUGCUGAAUGGUGCUAUUACAAGAAACAAAGGUAUUGCAUUUGUAUAAUUAUAGUUUAUAAACCUGAGAGAUGGUUCUCCUUUGUAUGAAAUGUCAGUGUUGUAUGGGUUUCAAGAGUGGUAGGAUGGCAUGCCUGCCCUAUGGGCCAUGAGGGCAUCGUUGAAAAUGGUUGUGAAUUGUUAGAACUUGAGAUGCCUCUGGUGGUCUGAACCGAAAGCCACUGGUAGCUUUCAGCCAAGGGGGCCUGUAAGGCUGUAAUGGUGUUGUGUUUUGUUUAUUCAGUUUUCUGCUUCCUUUGCGAAGUUGUGAGGAUUUACCCAAUUUAGUUUAGGACAUUGUGUAUUUGUACAUUAUUUGUUUUAGUGAAGCUUUUUUUUAGUGCCUGUGGUUG